AUGAGCUUGGGAAGCCGAAUUGGCUACUUCGGGAUUAAAUUCUCCGCACCAAACAUUUUCGGAACGAACAUCUCGACUUGCAAAGAUCUCUGUUCCGCCAAUUGCUCUUGUCUUGGCUACCUCUACUAUGCGUCUUCGUGUUAUUUACUUCAGCACCGAAUCGGCUCCCUAUUUACCGAUGAGACGCUCAACACACUCGUCGUCUAUGCCAAGAUAUUUGGCCGGACAUCACCGCCUUCCUCUGAAUCCUCUCCCACCCGUUUGGUCAUCGUCUUAGUACCAGCCACCGCAACGACUCUGCUGGUGAUCUCGAUUGUCAUCAUAGUCUUCUUUGCAAGGUGGAGGAGGAACAAGCUCAGGAUAAGAGAUGAGACGCGGACCAUAUCAGUCUCCAGAGGGCAGGAGGAUAAUGAGGAACAGAUUGCGAUCCCCGGCCUGCCCACCCGGUAUACCUACGCCGAGCUCGAAGAGGCCACCAACAAUUUCCAGACGCUAAUCGGCUCCGGAGGAUUCGGAUGCGUUUACAUGGGUCAAUUCCCGGACAAGUCCCUCGUCGCCGUGAAGCAGAUCAAUGCCGGCAGCACGCAGCAAGGGCAGAGGGAAUUCUGCACCGAGAUUGCCGUCAUCGGCAACACCCACCACGUCAACCUCGUCCGCCUCCGUGGCUUUUGCGCGGAGAGCCGCAAGCGGUUGUUGGUCUACGAGUACAUGAACCGUGGUUCCCUUGACCGCGCGCUCUUUGGCCGUAGCUCCGGCCUGGCCGUCCUCGAGUGGAAGCAACGGCUCGACAUCGCGGUGGGAGCCGCGCGCGGGCUCGCCUACCUCCACGCCGGAUGCGAGCACAGGAUCAUCCACUGCGACGUGAAGCCGGAGAACAUCCUGAUCGACGAUCACAGCCAGGUCAAGAUUGCGGACUUCGGACUGGCCAAGCUGAUGAACCCGGAGCAGUCCGGACUCUUCGCCAUUAUGCGGGGGACGCUCGGCUACCUCGCGCCGGAGUGGCUCACCAACACCGCCAUCUCCGACAAGACCGACGUGUACAGCUUCGGGAUGGUGCUGCUGGAGAUCGUGCGGGGCCGUAAAAAUCGGGUCGACGAAAGAGACCCAGAGUUGACCGGCUCCUCGUUGCCGUACUUCCCGAUGUUGGCGUUCGAGAUGCACAAGCGGGGUAGGUACGAGGAGUUGGCGGACCCGAGACUGGAGGGGAAGGUGAACUGGGACGAGCUGGAAAGGAUCGUCAAGGUGGCUCUGUGCUGCCUGCACAAGGAGCCGGGGAGCCGGCCGAGAAUGACGACAGUAGCGGCAAUGCUGGAGGGGACAGUGCCGGUCGGCGAGCCACGGCCGAGGUCGCUGCAGUAUUUGAGGCUUUGCGGAGGCGGGACAGAGGGAUCGCACCUGAGUCGAGAGGGGUCGGCCACCAGCACGAGUCCGGGGUCAUCGGCGUCGCCGCCGCUGCUCUCCGGAGGUGUCUGGGCCGAGAAAGCAGAGGCCCAGGUCAACGUUUAA